UUCCGCGUGGCCUAAUGACCGCCUCAGUGGGCAAUAGCAUUGACGAACAACAGCACCAGUCGUCCUCGAAUUGUUACAGUCCAGUUCCCACCUUGUCCCCCUCCAAAAGAUUCAUUUCCGACACAAAGGCCGUAUAGCAUCUCUCUGCCGGAACAGAAACGACACUCAUAAUGGCUUCCUCAUCGACUCCUGCGACGCCGCUCCUCUACUCGUGCAUCGCCCACAACACCACCAUCCUCUCCGAAUGCACGACCUCAGCCGCCUCGCAGACGUCCUCCCUCGCGUCCCUGAUCCUCCCAAAGAUCAACCAUGACACGCCGCAGAAGCUGACCUACACGCACGGCAACCACCACAUCCACUACAUCGCAGAGUCCCCCUCGGAGCACGGCUCGUCCCCGGCCGCGGGGGGGCUCACCUUCCUGGUGGUGGCCGAGUCGUCGCUGGGCCGCCGGAUCCCGUUCGGGUACCUGUUUGAGAUCCGCAAGCGCUUCCUGGCCCAGUUCCCUGCCGAGUCGACGCAGUUCGACGACCUGCCCAACUACGGGGCGGGUUCCUUCAACUCGGAGCUCAAGACCCUCAUGGUCGAGUACGGCACCACGAGCGGCGGCCGCGACGACGCCAUCUCCACGGCCCAGCGCGAGAUCGACGACGUCCGCGGCAUCAUGACGCGCAACAUCGAGGGCCUGCUCGAGCGCGGCGAGCGCAUCGACCUCCUUGUCGACAAGACGGACCGCCUCGGCGGGUCGGCCAGGGAGUUCCGCGUGCGCAGCAGGGGCCUCAAGAGGGAGAUGUGGUGGAAGAACGUCAAGCUGAUGGCGCUGUUGGUGCUUGUGCUGGUCUUGAUCGUGGUGGCCAUCAUCAUUGCUGUCAAGGUCUGAUCUGGCUGAGCCUUGUCCCGCGCCGUGUGGUUGCUCCGCCGGCUGUUCAAACACUCUUCGUUUUGUGAUUUGGUCUGGGCCUUCUGUUUUUGGUCUCUUGAAGCAGGUACGGCGUUAUGGCAUGGUUGCAUCCGUCAGGGAUGGAAAAGGAACUCUCUUUCUUCUACUCAGGUAUUAUUCUACUGCUCCUAAGCACUUGGUCGCCAUGAAGGCAGAUUGACGUCCCAGCACAACCGCAUUCAUUCACUUUGUAGAUACCCGCGCCCUCAAAACACGCCUCUUUAGCAGGAUUCUGAGUAUCAAUCCCAAACCCACACAAUUCCCAUUGCAUGCAUUGUGUCCUUUCCGUGGGACCACAAAAGCCAAAUCUCUCUGCCAAUCCUGGCAUGUGCGUGCCCACGCCCCCGUAGAAUCCCAACCCGCCUUGACCAGCCCUUGCAAAAUAAGUUGUGCGCUGUCCUGCCCCGUCACAGCUUCGAAGAAUGCGUGGCCUUUACCUGCCCCUCCUGAUACACGUAGCCCUGCGCCACUGGGCUCAUCGCCAAGACCGGGGCCGGUGUGCCGCCGAAGGCCGGCGGUGGCCUCAUGAGCCUCUCGGUGAAGAAGACGGGGUGCCGGCUUGCCGAAUCAUGAUGGGCCGCUCGUUGCGCGUGUCUCUCCCAGGCGGCCUGGAAGGGCGCAACGAGGUUUGGAGGUAUGUUUCCAGGCGGCGGUGGUGGUCUGGGCUGGGACAUUCCUCUGGCUCGGACGCUGUCCGCGGGAGGGUGGGUAAGUGAGUGGGUGAGUGGGCGAGUGAGUUGGAUGGCUGAUCAGAGGUUGACGACGCUGGGCGAGGGGGUUCAGAAAAGCUCUUUGGCUUGGUCGAAUCUCAUGCAAUUUGUUGCCUGAGUUCCAGGAUAUAUAUGCAGCAUCAAUAUGAAAGGUCAACAGUGCAUGUUUGUGAGAGACCGCACAUCGCCUUGGUCACUUGAGUGUUGCCGUCCUAGUAGCCCCGCAAUCGAUGGGCCGCGGUACCGGCAUCGUCAUCCAGGGCCUACUACCGAGAAGUGUGGCCAGUAGCACUUCUACAAGGCGAAACUGUUGCAAACAUGAUCGUACUCUAAAA